UUUGCUUUGAGAACAUCUAAAUGAGCCACUUGGGCAUCACCCCAGUCCUUGUCCUUUCUCUUAACCCAGACAAUGUCCUGGAGCCCUGUUUGAUGCCAGCUCCAAAGCCUUGUCCCCACAGGUUGCUCCUCCCCAUCUCCAGCAGUGCCAUCAGUUGGGAUAAUGCUCGGGUAGGAGGUGGGUGUGUGGCACUGGGACUGGCUCUCUCCAGAUGGGUCCCAGGAGCCAUCAGAUGUGGAGAUGCUGCCAGCAGGAGCUGGUGUCACCCUGGCUGUCGCUCAGGUGUCACCCAGGAAGAUCUGUGCAUUGCCUUCCCUUCUACAUCCCAGGCCAAUGCAACAACAACAGGUCCCUUGCAGGUGCCUUGCCAGCUGUCCCAGGGCUGCAGUGGCCUGGCACACCUCAAAUGUCACUGGUGUUCUGAAAGGCAGAGGGAGGAACUCAGCUAUUCCAUGCCCAAGCAGCACACAAGAGCACUUAUCCAGAAAUUCACACCUCUGCCCACAGUGCCAACAAGGCACCUGGUGCCUCCAAAUUUCAGCGAAUGGCUCAGACCUAGGAAAUACAGGUGAUGGGUGCUGCAGAGGAAGAGGGGCAGGGCUUCAGAUUUGGCUGCUUUGCUGAAGGCAGGGCUGGGCAGGAAUGGCAGGGAUAUACUGCUGGCUGAGUCUGCUGGAGUGAAUAAAAAUAUUCAGGUUUCUCUUUUUUAUGUUUCAUUCUCAGCAGAGUGGUUGUGGCUGCUCAUGUGAAACCUGUUCUUGCUGGGUGCUGGAAAGAGGCAAAGGGAAUGUGUGUGGAGUAAGACUUUUUUAAAGAAAUAUGCUUUCAGUUAGAUUUUGUUCUUCCUGCUGCUUUUCUGCUUUCCCAGGGCAAAUCUAAAUAGCUGAAAACUUGGGUUUGUCCUAAACUUUUCUAUGUAAUGAUGAAAAAAAUCAUAAACAAUUCUGCUUCAUUUUCAGGUGCACCCUUGAAACAGAAGCUGGUGGUGCCAGGGAUGCCCAAGACUCUGUUUAUUCCAGACAUCAGAAGCCCCAGACCUGACAGGAUCUGAGCAUUUAAAGACUAUCAGAGGUAAAGCUUUGUGCAGCCAUCACACCAGGCCUGCAGUGCUCGCAUGCAGUUGGAUGUGCAUCUUUUUCACACACAGGGGGAGGUAGGGGGUUAUUUCAGCCAAAACCCCGCACAGCAGCAUGGCAUCACCUGGGAAGUUCUGUGCUUGCAGCCCUACAGCUUUCCUGCACGGAAGCAGCCAUCAGAGAGGUGGAAUGGGACAAUGGGAGCACGGCUGGCACAGCUCCCUGCCCCAGACUGCCAGGAGCCCUCCUUACCCUGCAGCAGUGCCACUUCCACACCAGAGCAGCACAGCCCUCAGGCUGCAGCAUCAGCCCUGUGCCUGCUGGCUGGAUGUGCUGAUGCCGGGGCAUCCACAAAGCCCACAUCCACUGUCACACACCCACAGCUGCUGGGUGCCCUGGAAUGGCAGCAGUCACCCUGGGGCUGUGGUUUGGGAUUUACUGCUGCUCCCCACAAGCAGAUACUGCCAUCCCUGGCCCCAUCAUGGUCCCAGGACAAAUUGCAAGGUUAAAUGGUUGUUGCACUCUCAGAGCUCUCCUGAUCACAUCCCUUUGUGCCUGUUUGUGCACAAAGUGGAGUGGAGGAAAAGCCCCUCUUUGCAGAGUGGGAUGAAUUCCCAGCCAUGGGGUGGCAUGCACCUACCAUCCCUUGUGCUGCAGGGAUGAAGUGGGUCCUUCUUACAGCCUGUUCUGGUCAAGCUGAUGCUCAUUGCGUCUCAUGGCCAUGAUUUUCUUGGGACCAUGAGUGCAGCAAAUACAAACUUUCCUAUAGGCACUGGGAACAGGUUAAAAAGGAUUCAGGGAAGGUAUGUAUGGACUUUUGGUGGUGAUAAGGACAUGGGAUGCUGUAGAGCUGGUGCAGCCUGUUUGGGCAAUGUUUCCUGGGGAGCUUUCACAGCCCCCAGGACACAGAGCUGCAGAGCACCUGGGAAAGCGAUAAGCUUAGAUAAAGAGAAACAGAUCUGGAGAAUGCAAUACAAUCUUCCUCCCCAGACUGAGCUGGAGUUCUCUUGGUGGUCUUUGAGUAGCAGAGAUGCAUGGGUCCCUCUGCAUGUCCAGUCUUGGAAAGAAGAGUCUUUCCCAUGAGAACCUCAGUGUGCCCAAUGGGUUGUGAGAGUUGUAGGAGGCGCUGACCCUCAUCACCCAUGAAAAAUGCAGAGGAACUGUUCAGAAAGGGACUGUGAUAUCUCUGCUGGACAGGAAAGGAAAUGCAAAUUUCCUGCUGGCUUCAUGAUGGACAUGAACAGCUGGUGGAAUUGGGAGGAUGACAAAAAAAGGGAGAUAUCAGAAAUUACAGGAACUGAUUUUUAUGGCUGAAAAACACCUGCAACUGAAAUGUUACAUUUAAAAGGAAGGUCUUUAAUCUGCUUCUUAAUGGGCAAUGGGAUGUCCCAUGCUGAUACGGCUGUAGCAGGAAUGCUGAUAAAACUGCAUCCUAACCAGGGCUGAAGGAUCAGUUUGGAAGGACACCUCACCUGCCUGCUAUGGUAUUGGGAAUUUGACACAUGAUGGGUCCCAGCAUGCUGAGCAGGCACUUUCCUGCUGCAGCAACUCCCCAUCAACUCCCUACACCCCCAGGUGAGCUAUGGGUCCCAGAAAAUGUGUGAGUCCUGUACAGAGCGUGGAUACCUGGUGAGACUGGAGUCCUGGGCAGAGUAUUGGUCCUUGACAAGGUGUGGACCCUGAGUGAGAUGUGGGUCAUGGGGGAAGGGUAGGUCCCAGGAGAGGUGGGGAUCCCUGGAUGUGUAUCAAAGACUCUGGGGCACAGCUAAUUCACCCCAGAGAGGGCACAGUACACGAGAAGCCGGAGUAGGACGCCCCCGAAUUGCCAGAUGCUGGUGAGCGUGCCAUCAACAGCGGGGAGAGUCCUCAGGGGGACGCGUGGGAUGUCACCUUUAAACUCUGCCCUGGGAGCACCGGGGAGGUGUCUGUCUGUUGGGUGGGGCGGGGGGACGGGACAGAGGGCAGGGCAAGAGUUAACCUACCUGCUCUGCCAUCUAUCUCUAGGCUCCACCUCGGAGAGAGAGGGGAGGGAAAAGAGAAAAAGUAGGGAAAAAAAAAAAAGAAAAAAAGAAGAGGAGGAGGAGGAGGAAGAGCUCAGAGAGAAGCGCCCGGACCGCGGGCAGCACGGCCAGCAGCGGAGCGGCCGCCCCGUCCCACUCCCAGCAUGUUCCAGUGGAAGAAGACUAUCUACAAAACAGUUUGUCUCUCCUUCUUGCUGAUCAUUACAGUGACGGUGCUGCAGCGUGGAAUGGCCCCAAACCAGUUCAUGCAGGGCCAGCAGCAGAGAGAACUGCCCCCUUCAGAGCCCUUGAAAUCCCAGAAGAGAGACAACUCCUUCUCCAUCAGCAGCACUUUCUGGAAGACCAAGAAGGAGAAAGCUCCUGUGAAGGAGGAGAGCGUGACAGCAAAGCAAACAAAAUCCUGGGAUGUCACCACUACCAACUGCUCAGCCAACCAGAACUUCAGCAAGGUGGAUUGGUUCAAAGGGCUGGAGCCCAACUUCCAGCAGUUCCUGCUCUAUCGGCACUGCCGCUACUUCCCCAUGCUGAUCAACCACCCAGAGAAGUGCAGCGGGGAUGUCUACCUGCUCAUCGUGGUCAAGUCCAUCAUCACGCAGCACGACCGCCGCGAGGCCAUCCGGAGGACCUGGGGCCAGGAGAAGGAGGUGGAGGGCAAGAGGAUCAGGACACUGUUCUUGCUGGGCACUGCCUCCAAGGAGGAGGAGAGAGCCAACCACCAGAAACUGCUAGAUUAUGAGAACCGCAUCUAUGGGGACAUCUUGCAGUGGGAUUUCCUGGACAGCUUCUUCAACCUCACCCUCAAAGAGGUCCAUUUCCUCAAGUGGGUCGACAUCUACUGUGACAACAUCCACUUCAUCUUCAAAGGCGACGACGAUGUGUUUGUGAGUCCCAGCAAUAUCCUGGAGUUCUUGGAGGACAAGAAGGAGGGAAAGGACCUCUUUGUGGGGGAUGUCCUCUACAAAGCCAGGCCGAUCCGUAAGAAGGAGAACAAGUACUACAUCCCCAGUGCCCUCUACAACAAAAACAUCUACCCACCCUAUGCAGGGGGUGGGGGCUUCAUCAUGGAUGGAGCCCUGGCCAAGAGGCUUCAUAAGGCCUCAGAGACACUGGAGUUGUACCCCAUUGAUGACGUCUUCUUAGGGAUGUGCUUGGAGGUCCUUAAAGUGUCACCUGUUGGGCAUGAGGGCUUCAAAACUUUUGGCAUUGUGAAAAACAAGAACAGCAAGAUGAACAAGGAGCCAUGUUUUUACCGGAGUAUGUUGGUGGUUCAUAAACUGCUGCCUCCAGAGUUGCUCCAAAUGUGGGACUUGGUCCACAGUAACUUGACAUGCUCAAGAAAACUCAAUGUUCUUUAGCUCAGUCUCUCUGGAGAGCUGGGACUGCAGGAGCUGGGACAACUGAUCCCUGCUCUGGGGUGGGGUGAGCCUCUCCUGGUGGCACAUGAAUCCUUCAGGGGCACUGCCCUCCGGAGUUAGGAGGGCAGAGACACUGUGCUCACGGGCAGGGUUUGUGAUAGUGUUUGUUCCUGUACUGUAUUGUGGUUCACAUAUCUCCAGCUGGGUUGGGGGUUGCUGAAAAAGAGAAAAAACCCAACAAAAAAUGACAAGUCUAGCACAAAAUGGAGAGAGGGCUAAGCGGUUUGUGCUCUGCUUUAGGUACUUCCUCCACAGCAGCAUGAUGAGUGGAGGGGUGGAGGGAGGAAGGGAGGGAUGUGGCACUGGCAUUUUCUGGAGAUGUCCAGGGUCUGGGUAUCCAGGGGAGCUGGUCCAAGGGCGUUCGGCCAAUUACAAGUGCAUCAGCCCCUCCCAACUCAAAAAUAAUGGGAUUUUAUUUAUUAUCUCAAAUUUCUUCUCCAUGCAAGGUUUUAGUUACACUGACGUUGUGUGUGCAUUGGGUUCAUCCCCACCAAAGUCCUGUGUCCCCUUAUGCAGCUGGGGAGAGGGGCUUUUCUCUGAGGCUGGCCCUCAACAGCCCUGAGUCCCCAUUAGGUUUUCAGCCUGACACUUGGGGGACCAGGGUCCUUGUCCUUGUCAGAGGGUCCCAGGCAACAGUGGUUCCCAGCACCAGCCUGGGCUGUGCUUGGCUCCCCAGCCCCUCUGCAGCCUUACUGCAUGUCCUCAGAGGAAUGCACCCAGCUGAAAUUCCUCAGGGAUUUGUUCUUCCUGGCAGGAAAGAGACUAGGCCAGCUGCCCUUGCCUGUGGCCAAGGAAGUGGUGGAGAAAACUGGUGGUCCCCCUGCAGUGCCCCAGGGAUUUGUAACUUCUGGGACCCUACUUCCCAGGUAUCCCAGGGAGUGCUGUGGGGAGACCCUCUCCGUGCUGCACAGCUGCCCUCGUGGCUUUGCCUUGCAGGAGACAACAGCCACAAAGGCCCUGUGUGUGGCUGCUUGGGGUUCAGCCUGGGUUUGUCAGCAACUGUGAUGCUCCAUGGUAGGUUGGAGACAUUGGCCCUGCUCUAGCAUAAGAAGCAGGAUCCAAGGGGACAAACUGAAAGAAAGCUGGUGUUUCACACAUCUGCUCAGCUCAGGGUUGUUGCAGUGUUUAUUCUAGAGGCUGAGAUGCAGGAGCAUAACAGGGAAUGGUGUCACAAGACACCAUUUAUUUGGGCUGAAAGGGCCACAAGCUCUCGAGGGGAGCCCUGGGCUGGUUACUUUGGUGGAAACCACCCAACAGAGACAUGUGGCCACACAAGGGCCACGGGUGCUCUCCAGCCACUGACUGCAGUCAUGAGCAAAGCCACAGGAAUGUGCAAAGCCACAUGCUCACACACGUGAUCCCAGGCACAGGCUCUGCACACACAGAUGUCCCUGUGUGUACGGCUGGCAUGCCCAAAUGUCCCUGCAGGGGGUGAACACACACAGCCACAACCAUGGCCCUGACCACGCACAGUGAAACACGGGCACAGAUACCUUUACUCCCUCUCCCUGUCUGGUGCCAGACAUUGAAAGGAAAAAAUGUUUACUACCUCAAAGGUCCCCCUGUGCAGUGCCUUUUUUUUUUUUUUUUUACUCCCUUUCUCUCUUUUUCUUAAUGCAUUUUGGAAAUGGGCCUUUUUCAUUUACUCCAAGUACAUUCCCCAGGAUAGAAAACAAACUAAAAAAGGGCAUAAACCAGUCAAAAAGGGCACCCACAUGCCAAGCCACACCACUCUCCAAAUGGCCCUGCUCAGAUGAGAUGCAGAUUUGAAGAGGAGGAAGAAAAAGAGCCAGUGCUGCUCAGGGCUCGGCUGGUGGUGAUACUGUGAAAUUGGAUGUACAAUGCACCGGGUCCCUGGAGCAGCCGGGCAGAGUCCUGAGGGCAUUUUUGGUACCCACUGGGCUUAGGCAGCACACAACUCUUUCCUUUUCCCCUCCCUUCCCCACUUCCAACAGGAGUGAGUUCAGAAACACUUCUGAAAUUGAUACCUCCAUAAUUUAUGUCAGGUACAGUACUUUAGGCUGUACAUUUAUCCUGGAUGCGGGGUAAGCUCUUGCUCUCUGUGGCAAUGUGCACAGUGAGCCAGGGCUGUGUGCAGACAUCUCUCAGUGUUGUUCUUCACCUGGUGGGACCUGUACAGAGAAACCUUGUAGAGUUUGGUGAAUAUUAUAGUUUCUAAAUAAAGGUUAAAAGAAGAAAAAAAUCCUA